CAAAACUCUUUUUUUGAUCUGGCCAUUUUGUUUAAGAACCAUUGGGCAACAUCAAAUUAAUCCAGCUGAUCUGCGUUUUCCAUCGAAAACGAAAAUAUUUUUUAUUUGUGGUUUUUAUGAAUAACUUUAAAAAUAGGUUUAUUUAAUAAAUACAACCGUAAGAAGGACGAGAAGAUGACAGAGAAGAAAUUUAAUUCUAAAAUGCCAUCUGCUUCGGCCUCAGCUGUGAACAACAGCAAUAAUAGUAAUAAUGCAGCUGCUGCAAAGGCCGAAAGGGAGGAGCGCCUCAGAUCAGCACUCAAGGCAUUUGUUCUCAAGGAACGUCAACGUAAGAAAGAAGAAUAUGAUGCAAAAGAAGAGGAGGAACGCCUGCGAAAGGAGCGUGAUGAGCUUGAUCACCAAAAUGAUGUAUCACUUGAAGAUACACGUGACAAAAUUUCCAAACUUGAUCAACAAAUUAAAGAUUUGCAUAAUCAGAAGCAGCAGUUAUUUUUACAGUUAAAGAAAGUAUUAAAUGAAGAUGAAAAUCGUAAAAAACAACAAAAAGAUAACGAAUUAUUCGCUAUGCAAGCUCUGCAAGUACAGCAAGUAAAUGUUGCACCGUUGCCGCCACAAGUGUUCAUACCGCCUGUCCGUAUGCAGCACCAUCCAAUACCCAUUGUACCCAAGCCUGUUGCGAAUCAACCUGUCAAACGUACUCGCAGUCCAUCACCUCCGUCGCAUCAAACAUACUAUAAAAAUGCGGCCUACGCCCCACCGAAACUCGAUGAUGGGCGACGCGGUGCUGAAUAUUCCCGUGUUGCUUGGAGUAGUAAACCACCUGCACAAUAUCAAGGACCCGGUGCAUUGUUUUAUCCUGCCACAGGCAAUGCACCACAACCACCACCAGAUGGUCGUGGUCCAGCUAUAAUAUAUCCAUAUGGCUUAUCAAUACGACAGGGCUUCCAAUUGGAAAUGCAGUUAGCGCCUUCUGUACCGGUCUCAAAAUCAGAUCAGGCAUCGUCGAAAUCAUCACAAGUGUAUCCACUUAGCCUGGAUGCGCCACCCAUCUCGCAAUCUGGACCCGUAUCAUCUGUACCACCAGGUGUACAAGCACAAAAGCCACAAGUUACAAUGGAGAAAAUCGGUGAACGUUAUCACCCUGAUGUAAAACAUGAGGGACCAUCAAGUCAUGGACCACCACACCAAUUGCCAGAGGGUGUGGUAUACACACCAAUGAUGCCUGGCAUGGCGCUACAUCCAGGCAUGAUGCAAAUCAGUAGCAAUCCAGGGCAGAAUCCCAAGUCAGCGUCGAGUAUAAACCAGGGUUAUGCUACUGGCCGUGGCGCUGCUGUUGCACAUGAGCAUAUGGCGCGGCAACCGCAAAUAAUGCAGGGACAACCGGGACAGCCACAACAACAACAAAUUAAUUAUACCAGACGUAUGUACUAAAUGGAAAAUGCGACAUUUAAAAUAAGUAAAUCUCUAGUUCUACAUAAGUGUACAAGUAAAUGUAACGGUUUUUACAAUAUCCAAUGUAUUAUUUAAAUCACAUGGUGAAUAAAAAUAUGUAUUACAUACAUAUGUAUGUAUACCCGUGCAAAUACGA